ACCUGCAAGGUGUGUAGAGGACAUCUGUAAUGAAUGACAGCGUGCAUGCGCAAGUGAGUGGCAAGAAGCAGCAUCUGCAUUAAUACUGGUGACAAUAAAAACAUACCAGCACCGAAACCCUGAAAUUCAUAUAAUUCAAAACCUCUGGAAAACCACUGGUGUUACUAUGGACGCACCCACAGAAAUCUGGCAUACACAGGUAGAAGUAGAGGAAGAGGCAGAUUCCACACUGGAAUGUUCCAUCUGCUUCACCAGAUAUGACAACAUUUUCAAAACCCCAAAGGUCUUACAGUGUUCACACACGUUCUGCUUGGAGUGUGUGGCAAGACUGGUGGCUGCCCUCCCACCCGAAAGCCAAACAGACAAAGUCUUAUGCCCUUUUUGCCGUCAACCCACCCCGAUACCACAGGAGGGGGCCCCAGCUCUGCAAACCAGCCAAGAACUUUUAGCCAACCUACCAGCCCACCUACAACAUGAAGAGGCUGUUUGGAUUGAAGGCAACAAACUCUGUUACAAACAUCACCCAGACUCAAACUCAGACUCCAGCCAGAGUGACUUGUGCAUCUGUGUGGACAUUGGGUUGAGCAAAAAGGACACUCCUUCGGUGGAGAGGCGGCAGACGGGACUGAGGGGCUUUUGCUGUGGCUGCAGCGAUUGGAAGAGACUUCUCCUCAUUGUCUUCAUGAUAAUAGUUUUGUUCUGCAUCCUCCUUUGGCCAGUUCAAUGUAUCCUUAAGACGGGGAAUCUAAGAUGUACCAAUGACUUUGUGCCCAAUAAGCAACCUAGUCCUACAUUCCCUGUGACCAAUGGAAAAUAA